GUCACCAUAGUGAGAAAGUCAAAGGUAGGGGAAAAGAUAUUGUUUGCUAAGGUGAUUGGGGAUGGGGUUGCUAGUUCAAAGGAGCAUUCUAGUGAAGUCAGUCAGAUGGUCAGCAUCCAAAAGAUAGGGCUACAUGGAAUUAAUAGAGGGAUAGAGUUUAUGGGAGAUAGGGGUGAUUGUUCUAAGAGUGCAAGAUCAAGGAUAAAGGAAAUCGGCAGAAGUAGUGAUCAGUUCAGUGACGAAGGUGGGGUUAAGAAGAAGGUGAAGUUAGGUGGUGGUAAGAGCAACAGUGAGGAUUCAAGAACAAGAUAG